GUCGUCUUUUGAAGCGUGUCUCUGUUGUUCUCUUCCUGGGAUAUAUUUGAAUCAACAUUCUUUCGCUGGACUCGGUGCGCACCGGAGUUGCCUUCACUAUGCCAAUCCAGGAUCUACCGACGGAGCUGAUCCACCAAUGCCUACAGAACGCCGACUACCCGUCUCUCGGAAACGCCGCGCUCGUCUGCAGAGCCUGGCUCGCCCCGAGCCGAGACAUCUCAUGGCGGAGAAUAUCACUCGACUUUGAGGGCGAGGUGCCAGGCCAGCUUUGCUCGAUCCUGCGCAACAAGGGCACCUGCAAGCCCACAAUCCCCCGCCAUGUCGGUUCUCUGCUGAUCGACGAGGGCUAUCUCUACGACACCAACCAGCUCACAGACGAAGACAAGGCGGACAUUGCGCGCUGGGAGGACGGAUUGAUGCUGGUACUCGACUACUUUGAGCAUAUCGGCAUGCUGACCAUCGGCAACCUCAAUCUGCAACGCUUGAACCCGGAGCUGCGCGGCAAGUUACUCUCGAGGAACAAUGGCGGGAUUGUAUUUGAUCGCUUGGUCGUGCAAAAUCUCAUUCUGCCGGAUAUUACGGAAGUCGCGCCCUUUAUCCUGGACAAUCCCCAUCUCACGUUUUUGGGCUUGGGCGUGAUAAAGAUCGAUAACGUGGGGAGCGGAGAGGACGGCGAGAACGCACAGAUCGAGAGUGCCCCGCUGUCGACAGCAGUGUUCCUGCCAAAGCUCAGACAUCUUGUUGUUUUCGCUGAUGGCACAGGCGCGUGGUCGCAUAUUUUGCCACAUAUGCACACGUCGCCGUCGUCUCUUCAGAGCCUUUGUACUCUCAUCGCCGUGUGCCAACAGCCGGAUUUACUGUCGGAGUUGAUUCAGGAUGUCAGUGCGACGCUAAAAUCCCUUGCUGUUGGCAUCAAUGCUCCAGGCGUCCGUUUCGACAUUAGCAACUGCAGCAAACUCAAAAACCUCAGCGUCAAUAUAUCCCAGUAUCCGACACAAGAGCCAACGCUCGCCGAUCUCAUGGAGACUCUGUCCACGGCACCUCCUACGCUCAGCCAUUUGUAUAUAAACUGCGGCCCGUCAACCUGCACACUUUCCGCACAUCCGCCCACUGGAGCAUCCUUGUGGGGAUCACUUGACGAACAUCUGUGCACUUUGAAGGGCCUAAACAAGAUCGCCUUUACGCAGGUGAUAUCGUCGUCGAUGGCCAUGUUCAUGCACGCGGGUCCUGAUGCGCUCGGUGGGGUCUUCGGCAAGUGGAAAGCUGAUCUGCAAGCAUUCGGGGAGGAGAUCUUGCCACGGUGUAAAGAGAAGCGGCUGGUUGGCGUGGAGCAACUCACCGGCUCAUGGACAAGCAAUCCAUUCGCUGGUACGGACCUGGAAUGAAUUGCAAAUGCUUGUAAGACUUCAUAUACAGCGGUCAAGAAAUCCGAGGCUGAAGGUGUCAGAGGCAACUUCGUAUGGCUCGAGAAAUCCAUCAGGAGAACGAGGAGCACAGAACUCAUGCAAAAUUAGACAGAUAUGGGGUACAUUGAACCGUAAAUGGUAGAAGAAACCAUGACAACGUCACACCUUUCCAGUCCAUGAUCUCUUGACGAGUGGCAGAAAUCAGGGUUCAGCCAACAAAUGACUUGACAUCAUUUUCUCCAGCGG